UGAAUCCUGGGAAGGAUAUGUGGAACAUGAAGGCGAGAAUUAUUCGAAAAUGGAAUCAGGGUUACAAGAUGGAGAUCAUCUUCAUUGAUGAGAAGGGUGCUAAGAUUCAAGCAGGUAUUAAGAGUCAUCUGAUACCUGUUUUUGAUGGACAGCUGCAAGAAGAUGCUGUUGUGAUUAUGUCGAAAUUUGGUGUUGGUGAGAAUAAAGAUUUAUAUAAAGUAGUAGUGCAGCCUUAUAAAAUCAACUUUUAUAGAUGCACAACUGUUACUCAUGUGAGAGGUUGGCAAGGUGUUGAGUAUGGUUUCAAUUUCAGAGCUUAUGAAGAUAUUCUUCAAGGAGAGGCGUUAAACGCUUUGAGUGUUGGUAGUGUAUAUUUUUGUAAUCAUGUCUUGCUUGUAUAA